AUGGUAGUCAUCCUUUCCAAUGGCUCUUUCCUGGCUACCUAUGACUACUAUCAGUGCUCCUUGGCUUCCUUGACCAGCAACAGCUUCUGUGGAGGCUUUGAGUACCCCACAGAUGCUUUGGCCUAUCACCCGCCAGCUUCAUUUUCAGGAAGUCCUCCCUCUAAUUCAUGUCCAAAGUGUUGGAGUCCCCAAAGCACUUAG